GCAGUGGCACAUCGGGCUGCUACUAAGUGGCAGAAGCCUCUAUCCCCAGCACCGCUGCUUUGUGCUGGACUGUUGAGGGUCCAGGGAGGUGGCAUGAUGAGUGAUUGCUCUGAUUGCCACCCCCCUGAUCCACCCCCAGCUGAGUAGCAUGGGCAGCCACCCCCCAGUACACGGUACAGUGCUGAGCAGGCCCGGCGCUACCCGCUCAGCGAAGGGAUGCAGUGCAGGGAGGCGCUGGGACAGAGAGGCGCUUUCCCUGCUCUGAAUCCCUUCACUGCUGCGCCGUCCUGUGACUCCUGUCCCCCCUGCUGCUGCUGUGUCUGUCACUGUAUGACAGUCACUGGCAGCAGCGUCUGCAGAAUCAAAAACCUCCUGCCUCCCGUCCCCGUGUGACAGCGGCUGAGUACGGGACAGACGGGGGCGGAGCUUAAUGGGCCGAAAGGGGGCGGGGCUAACCGGGACAGAAGGGGCGGAGCUACACUGACCAGGCUGCACUGCAGUACAGAGGGAGACUGGCUUAGUACUCCAGUUCCCCGGAAUCUACGUGGAUCCUAAUACAAUCUGUACUAUGAAAUAAAUUUCUCAAUUCAACUACAUGAGAUUUAACUGAAGAAGGAAAGUGAUUUAACAAUAAAAUAUAUCAGACCACUUACUCUAUUGGAAGGCAUCUAAUACCAAACAAUUUUAUUUAACUGGAUUCUUCGAUGGUUGUCGCUAUUAAUUCCUAAACAAAGUAUAAAUGAACAGUACUGUUGGCUGCUUUCACUUUUGGCUUCACCGAGCUCUAUAUAAGGGCAGCAGUUUUCUUACGUCUCAUUCCCUGUGAGCACCUACAGUCAGAACAACCUACAGUAAUCAGAGAUGGCGACAAUACCUGAGAUGACGCGGUAUAUCAAUAACUUCAGCCUAGAUGAUUGCCCCAGAGGUAAUCAGGGUUUUACCCGCGUUCUUCUCCAACUUUUUGGCUUCUUAGGACAUGGGAAGUCAUCGUUCAUCAACACCUGCAAGUAUGUCCUAGAAGACGGAGAGUUUAAGACUUACGCAGAUGUGACAGUGUCAGACGGAGGUAACACCACAGCGCGCAUCACUUAUCCACUGACGGACACGCUGACGCUAGUGGACAACCGCGGAGCCUCCGUCAUGAACAGCUAUGAAAUAGGGGAAAUUUUUGCCCAACUAGGGAAUUUUCUACCUUUUAAUGAAGAAAUUGCAUGGAGUGAAGGAUUUAAACUUGUGGACAAAAUAGUGGAGUCAGAACAAUUGGUGAAAGCGUCUGACUUUAUCUUUCCAAUAUUUGUGUACAGUGUGAAGAAAGGAAUGAAUCCCGCAGAAAAAGAUGAAUUAAAAGAAUUGCUGACCACAGUUACACAACUGACAGGAAUUUUCCCAAUGGUUAUUCUUACCCAUAAGACAAGUCCAAAUCUGAAAGAUGUGAAGUCCAAGUUUAAGGGCAUGGGAGUGGAGCAGAUUUUUGCUCUGGAAAACUUCACGCCAGAAGAUCACUUAAAGACACGCGGGAGACACGAGGACGUCCUGAAGUUUUUUCUUGAAGUGAUUAAAGAUAUUGAGUUUCGGUUGGAAAGAUUCCAGAAUCCAGAAACCGAGAGACAGAAUCGGAAGAAAUUAGUAAUAAACUUUGCCCAUAAUUGUGACAUGAAGAGACAACAAGAUCAGAUGUUAGCAGAACAGGCUGCGAGAGAGAAGGAAGAGGCCAGACGCCAAGCUAAUAGCGGCAAAUGUGUUUUACAGUGAAUCUUUAAGCCUGUGGGGUUCAGUGGUGCCAAGAGGUGUGUGGGGGGGAGCAUGUACUAUUUACUCGGGCUCAGGCCUGAUGGAGGGACCGAAGUCCCCCCUUUACUUGGCUGCGGCAGCUGCAUCUCUUUUUCUCGUCCCAGUACACGCUGCUGUGUGCUGGCCUGCAGUGGGUGUCCGGACUCUGGGCUGACACCACUUAAGUCGACACACUUUAGGUCAACACACAUUGGUCGACACACGUUAGGUCAACACUAGAAAUAGGUCGACACGGCCAAUAGCUCAACAUGAACACGGUCAACAUAGAAAAAGCUCAACACAAGUUUUUCACAUUUUUGUUUUCAUUUUUUGAACUUUUUCAUACUUUACGAUCCACGUGGACUACAACUGGGAAUGGUAACCUGAGCCAAGCGCAGUGGCAGCAGAGCCAGGCACCUUUGAUCAUCAUGGGAGGGGACACGGUGCACUUUUUGGGGUUCCCGGUCACUUUACGAUGAAAACGACACCCAAAAAAACAAAAAAAAACCUCAUGUCGACCUUUUUUGUUUCUCGACCUUAUUCAGGCCGUGAUGACCAAUUUCUGAUGUCGACCUAAAGUGUGUCAACCUAAACACUGAUGACCCUGAGUCCCAGACCCCUGCAGUGUGGCCAGGUAGGCGCUUAAAGUACUAAUUUUUCUGUAUUAUUUUCUAAGUGUGCAGGGACACGCCUCCUGUGAUUAGGCCACUCCCCCUUAAAAGUACCUGGGCCCGACCAGCUAUUUACUGUCCUGAUGGGGUCUAUGUGCUAAGCCUUAGCGAGAGAGAUAAAGUGGACAGAGAUAAAGUACCAGCCAAUCAGCUCCUAGCUGCCAUGUUACAAGCUGUGUUUGAAAAAUGACAGGAGCUGAUUGGUUGGUAGCUUAUCUCUGUCCCUUUUAUCUCCAUCAGAGGCUUAGUAAAUAGACCCCAUAUACCUAACUCAAAUUUCUUUGCAAAUGAAUGUAAAACAUGGGGAUAUUCACACUGCGUCUGGCUCUGCAUCGCAGCACACGGUAUGCGCCAGGUUUGCGCCAAGUCAUAAUCAGCGUGUGUUUGCAGCUGUCCUAUAUCAGGUACAGAUGACUUGUCUCCUGACCGGUGUAAGUUCACGUUCUUGCAGCGCCUGUAUAAGGGGCAUUAGUGUAAAAGCAGCUGUAGUGUGCUCAGCCUAUAUUACACCAUUACCCCUACAUCCAGGUGCAGGAGGGUGUAAGGGGCAGACACUGUACGUACAAGAUACCCUACGUAAUUUGGCGUGGUCCUCACUCUGCUCCAGCAAUGAGUGUGUGCUCUGACGGUUUCAUUUCCGCUGAUCCUGUCUGCUUGUUGUAUAGUUCUUUUGCUACUUCUCUUUUUUUAGGCUACUUUUAGAAUUGGAAGUAUCUAGAUAUAUUUUGAUAGUUUUUGAUAAAAGAAUAAAUACCUUGGGAAAAUAGGGAACAGGUUUUAUUAGCAGUUGAAGCACGGCGGCACCGGCUGCGGCUCAGCCUCCUAGUAUACUGCAUAUAUGUCAUUUUAUUUUUUAAGGAAAUAUAUAUUUAUAUUGUAGCAGUUCAAAUGCAAUGGAAUAAAAGUGCCAAGAAAGUGCUACAUGAAUAAAUAC